GAACCGUAGAAGAAGAACUACCUUUGGACCAUAACGUAGCGCAGCUGCGUCUGACGUGUUGUCGUAGCGAACAACUUCUCUUCACUUCGGAAGGCAGGCUUUUCGCUAAGGACAUUUUACGCAAAGCACCAAAAUGAAGCCGAAGAAGCAACACGUGCUGCCUCUGCUGUUGUUAUUGUGUUCCGGUAUGGCAGAAGCUUUAGAACCCAUCAGCACCACCAUCGCGGUUAGCAUGGCUGCAGCUCUCACCGGGUUUUUAGCCAGCUACCAGAACCUUUUCUACUACUUUCACGAAUGCUGCCGACCGGAGUGGAUUUCUCUCAACAAAACAGGUCUAAAGGUCGAUCUGGACACCAAACUUUUCGGACAGCAUCUUGCAUCGCGUGUUGUUUUAAAAGCUGUGAGCGGAUUCAUGACGAAUGAGAACCCAAAGAAGCCCCUGGUGCUGUCGCUGCACGGAUGGACUGGCACAGGGAAGAACUUCAUCAGCAAGCUGAUCGCUGAAAACAUCUACAAGGAAGGGAUGCACAGCAGCUACGUUCACGUCUUCACCUCCACUCUUCACUUUCCUCAUCCGAGUCAAAUCGAUGCAUACAAGGCUCAGCUGCAGCAGUGGAUAAAAGGAAACGUCACCAACUGCGAACGCUCGAUGUUUAUCUUCGAUGAGAUGGAUAAGAUGCAUCCUGGUUUAAUCGACAGCAUUAAACCGUACCUGGAAUACUACGACAAGAUAGAUGGGGUUUCAUAUCGGAAAUCCAUCUUCGUGUUCCUCAGCAACGCUGGAGGAGAGAGCAUCGUUCAGACGGCUUUGGAGUUUUGGAAAGCAGGACGAAGUCGAGAAGACCUAGAGCUCAAGGACCUCGAAACCUCCCUUUCUCUGUCUGUGUUCAACAACAACAACAGUGGCUUUUUUCGUACCAAUCUGAUAGACAAGAGCCUGAUCGACUUCUUUGUGCCGUUUCUGCCUCUGGAAUACCUCCACGUCGUCCAGUGCGCCAUGGCCGAGAUGAAAGCCAGACGACUGGAGCCGGACCGAGACGUGGCCGACAAGGUGGCCAGAGAUUUAGUCUACUUCCCUAAAUCUGAGCGAGUGUUCUCCGUCAAAGGCUGCAAGACAAUAGAGAGCAAACUGGACUACUACACAUAACGCCAGCAUCUGAUGGACAGUUUGUCACUACGUGCACUUUUUAAAAAAGAAGUAACUCUUUCAGCCAAACGACUAAAAACAAGAAAACGGAGCCGACAGAAGAGGCCUCUGGCGGUUUCUGUGUGACUUCAAAGUCGUUGAGAUAAAAUCAGGAGGCCUUCUCUGACGUUGUGUCUCACUUACACUCUCUGAGCGGGCUGAAGAGCUCAGCGCCAGCUGAAUAAAAUAUUAAAGCAAUGGGAAUGAAAUCCUUUUGUAGACCAUUAACCUGCUUUUAUCUCACCAGAGUUUAAGGUCGCUGUCUUAAACCUUGGUGAAUAAGGGUGACUUUCUGUAGGGGAACUUGCUCUUUUCAUUCAUUUUUCUUUAACAUCAACUACUGAAAACAACUGCCUUAAUUCUUAAUCUCAACUUUUUAAUCGUUUUAUAAAACAUCUACGUGCUUCCGUCAGUUAGCUGCUGUGGGUGGUCGAAGCAGCAGAGGGGACCCUAACCCCGGCUUUUAAAAACAAAUUAGCUUUGUUUUUGUUUUUUGUUCAUAUGAUCUGCAAAUUCUGAGUAAAAUAUAUUUUCUGAUGUAAAUGUAUGGUUCUAGCUGGCUGGAUUCAUUCAUGGGUUCAUUUAACAGAACUGGCUGCAAGAACUCAGGAUUCAACUCUGGCAUCAGAAGUUUUGAUUGAAUACUUUGGUUUUAACACAUUAAAUCACAUUUCCAGCUAAAUGUCAUGUCUCAAAAACAGUUUAAAGUACAAAAGAACUUCUCUGCUGGGUUCUGAAAGCUCUGAAAUGGAAUCUGUCUGUGAAACUUCGCUGCUGUUGCUGACACUAUCAAGCUCUGACUGUAAACGUCGGAUAAGUCAACAAUAAAUGUGUUUUCUG